AUGGGGAUGACCUUGGAAAACUCCUCGCAGAACUUCUUAGGAUCUUCGACUUUGACGUUCACGCGCUUCGUAAGGAUUGCGCUGCUCACCGUCUCCGCCGUCCUCUUCACCCUCCUACCCGUAUCGUGGACCCCUGGCAUCGGCCUCAUUAACAUCGUCCCCUUCUCCCCACCAUCUCUCUCAACAUCCUCGGAGCCUGGAGCGCAAUGGAAAGAUGAUAUAUGGCCCCUCCGGGAGCAGACCCCAUGGGACAUCUCCACCGACUUCCCCUUCCCCCGCCUCCUCGAAUACGACGUCACCGAAGGCACCUGGCUGCGCCUGGACGUCAAUACCAAGACCGGAGACGUCGUCUUCGACAUGCUCGGCGACAUCUAUUGUCUCCCGGCAAGCGCGUAUAGCAAGGCUGCGCUUUCGUCAGACGAGUUCACGCGCGCGGUGCCCAUCCUCGCCGGAGUGCCCCACGACUCGGACCCGCACUUCUCUCCCGAUGGCACGCGCAUGGUAUUCCGGAGCGACGCAGGAUUGGGGAUUGAGAACAUCUGGGUCACUGCGUGGAAGGGGUGCAAGGCGAUGGACGUUCGUCCGGAGCAAGCGACCGGCGAACUCCAAAACGCGCUUCGGGUCAAGAAAUACGAGGAGGGGCUUUUGGCAUCGGGAGUUGCGGAGACUGAGGAGAGGAAGAGGCACAGGCUGCUUCGCGAAGGCCGUCUACAUGCACAACGCGUCACGAACGAGACGUACAGAUGGGUUUCGGACGCGAGGUUCCACCCCGACGGUGACAAGGUUGUCGGUACCAAGUGGCAUACCUCCUCGCGCAGUCUGCCUGCGGGCGAAGCAUGGGAGUAUCUCGUCCCCAGUGCUCAUAAGAGCAACCCGGUGAAGAAGGGGGAUGGUAAGUUCCUCGUCGGCCGCACGCUUCCGCUUGGAUGGGAUGUCGAAGACUACGAGCACCAGCAAGUCGGGCCAAAUCAGUUUGUAUGGCUUGGGGAGGAUGCGCUUGUUUAUUCGAAGAACGUCCGCGACGUCGAUGGGACCUGGGAAUACAGUAAAGAUGUCCACCAGGGCAUUGAUGCCAUUUACUCGAAGAAUCUCACCACCGGCGUCACCACCCAGCUUGUGAGUGCUGUGCCAGGAGGUGCAACACGCCCAGAGAUUUCUCCCAGUGGACGUACUCUUGCCUUCGUGCGACGUGUCCGUGACAAAGAAGCCCUUGUGCUCAAGGAUCUCGUCACUGGGACCAUCCGCAACAUCUGGCACGGGCUCACGUACGACUUAUCGGUCAUAUCUACACCCAUGGGCACAUAUCCUUCGUUCGCAUUCACACCCAAGGAAGACGCCAUCAUCAUUUGGGCGGCGGGUCAAAUCUACCAUGUCCCUCUCUCCAAGAACAAAGACGGCGAGCACGUUGCUGCAGGAGAGCCUCGGGCGAUUCCUUUUAAAGCACACAUCGAGAAACGGCUCGCUGAAACGCGGACCUCCAAGACCGACAUAAAGUCUGUCGAGACUGCGGACUCGCAACGUGUCUACGCAUUCACCGAACUCCGCUCGGAUGCCAACGGCGAGAAGGUCAUCUUCCAAGCUUCAGGAGCCACCUACGUUCAGCGCAUCGGAGAACACAGUGCACAACAGGUCCCAGUGCUCUCUCCGAAUUCCCCUUACUUCUCUCCUUCCUUUGUACCUGGGGCCGACGACCUUGUCUUGCAUGGGCGUUGGUCGGACGUCAAUUUCACGACGUUUGAGCUCGCCAACCUCACGUCGGGCACCGCCUACGCACUCACCGGUUUACCUCUCGGUCGCUACUAUUCCCCAAUCCUAUGCGGUUGUGCCGGAUCGAAGCGCCGGAUCGCGUUCAUCAAGACCAGUGGUGACCACCUUACAGGCAGCGUCGUUGCCCUCGCCGGGGAAGGUCUUUACCUUGGCGAAGUCACACUCCCCUCUGAUGGAUCGAAGAGCGUUGCGAUCGAGAACGUUCACUUCGUCCCAUCCGAGAUCGACACGGACGACACGUACCACCUUCAGCUCUCAUUCGUCAACAAAAACAAGAAGCUCCUCGUACAAUCCUCGCAGCGCUCGUUCACCAUCGACCUUAAGGACGGUUUCAAGCAUACCACCCUGGCUACCGGGCUUAUGUCCACUGAGCUCGCUGUACCUCCGCCCUCGUCCAGCAAGAUUACUGGGGUUGCGAUCGUCGACUUCUUCCACAUCUACUACGCGCCGUCUGUCAAAGCCGACGAUGCUGUCUGGAGCAAGCCAGCAAGCGCGACCAAGGGUCUGAUGCGUGUUAGCUUGGACGGCGGUCACUCGAUCACAUGGAGCGGGGAUGGAUCUAAAUUGUUUUGGUUCCUUGGUCCUUGGCUCCACCACGUCGAUGUCACCAAAUUGAGCGCGUGCUCUCACUUCGCGAAGAAGGACCAAAUAAACCUCGGCAUAGAAUGCACCAAGCAAUUCGCGGAGUACCAGGAAGUCGUUGUGGAAUACCCGAGCGACAUUAAGCGUCUGAAAGCGGAGGCCACCGCACACGCCGCUGCCAAGUACGGCGAAGCGGGCGUAGCAAACGCAGAUUUCUUUGUGUUCUCGAACGCGACGCUCGUUACGAUGGACACGGGCAAGCUCACGGCCGAUAUCUUGCACGACGCCGUGCUCGUCACCCAUGGAGGCGUGAUUGAGGCGAUCGCAGGCGUGCACGACUUUGUCAUUCCAUAUGGUGCCACCGUGGUCGAUGUCCAGGGAGGUUACAUCGUCCCCGGCUUCAUUGACGUUCACGCUCACUGGGCAGGAUAUGGGACCACGUAUCCAGCACGGUCUUGGGAGAUGGAGACGUUCCUCGCGUACGGUGUUACGACCCUACACAACCCAAGCUCAAACAAUGCACUUGGCUUCAACGAGCGCUUCCGUAUGGAACGUGGCCAGAUGGUUGGCCCCCGCAUCUACCACACCGGAGAUGUCAUCUACGGCGCCGGGGCACCUGAUAUCCACCAAGACAUCGUGAGCAUAGAAGAGGCCAAGUCUGCUCUCGUUCGCAUCAAGGUCGAAGGUGGUCCAUCGAGUUACUCGUACAAAAACUACAACUUGCCCUCAAGGGCGUCACGGCAGAGACUCUUGCUCGCUGCCCGCGAGCUGGAGAUGCUUUGCGUCCCUGAAGGUGGCAUGAACUGGGACUGGGACAUCACGUACAUCAUCGACGGCAUGACCACCGUCGAACACUCCAUCCCCAUUCCGGUGCUGCAUGACGAUAUGUUGACGUUGUACGCUUUGAGCGGUACCGGCUCAACUCCUACUCACAUCGUUAACUAUGGAGGUGUCAUGGGGGAGCAGUAUGUUUGGGCCAACGAGGACAUCCCCAACAACCCUCGGCUUCGACAGCUAGGCCGACACGACCUUCUAGAACGUGUCAGCGAGUCUACGGCUCGUCCCCUUGAUUCUUACCAGGUCUUCAACACCUCCGUUUCGAUCGCCAAGAUGGUCGCGAAGGGUCAUCGCACCCACAUCGGCGCACACGGCGAGCCUCCUCUCGGCGUCAACUAUCACUCAGAGAUGAUGUUCGCCAAGGCUGGCGGUCUCACGAACUACGAGGUUCUCCGCGCCGCCUCGCUCGACGCCGCAAUUACCCUCGGCCUCAAUGACGCGAUCGGCUCCCUCACCCCCGGGAAGCUCGCCGACUUCGUCGUCUACCCAGCUGGCGUCGACGUACUCGACGGCGACAUUAGCAGCACGCGUGACAUUCGUUUCGUGGUCCGCGGCGGGCGUGUCUGGGAGGCAGCGACGAUGACGGAGGUCUGGCCGGUAGCAGGUCGUAGGGAACCUAUGCCGCCCUACAAUGCGGAUUGA